GCCUCUGUGCCGCUAUCUACGCAGUUCACCACGAAAAAACAACGCCUGUGACGCUCAACGCACAAUACGGAGCGCCCUUGACUAUUUCAACAUUGAACACUAAACUAGCGCUGUACCAUUCGCCGUACCAAGAUAUUAGUGAAGUCGCUUCUCUAUGAUUCAACUUAUUAAGGACACCUACGCCGCGCAGGGCUUGUGGCCUCAGUUUAGCUAGUCGGUCGACAGUCGCGUGACUCAUCGGAUUAUCCCCGAAGAUUUCGAAUUAGUCUCUUACUUAGUGUUUGAAACUCUAGUGGUCCAGUGGUUGUGAACAUUCGGAUGCCGGUGUUCCGGCGGGUCGUAGUCAUAUUGAUGAGCGGGCCACGGCGCCCGGCCGACGAGUGAGGCCUGCCCACCACCAGCAGGGAUGGAUGACUGCAGCGGCCUAUUCUAUGACGACGACGGUGAAGCGCAUUGCGAGAUGGGUCACUCUGAGUCGAAGGGUGCGAAGAAGCGUGAGAAGAGUGCAGGAGGGAACGGGAACGGGAAACCGACUCGUGGCGUGGCCACUUCCUUUGGCUUCCGACGCCGCCCCGCCAGCACUUCGCGAGCCGACACCGCGCGCAAGCACAAACAUGAUAAGAACGGAAAUGGAGGUUCGACUGAGGAGUUACGUCCAGAAGAAGUUCUAUCAGGGAGGUCCACACCUCUCGCCAGACCUCGUAAAGAAACCGCCGGACAACCGCUUCGUACCAAUAGGUUCGGUUUCAGGCAGCCGCACAGUAAGACAGCCAAGGUGGCCGACGUGAACGUUUCCGCCGAGCCGGCGUUUAACGCACCGCUUAAGGAUAAGGAUACAGCAAUCAAUAAUAAUGCUUUAGAUAAAAAGAGUACAAAUUCGCCAUAUAAUCAGUUGCCGAUGGUGGCAACUCAAGUUGCAACAACGGGAGUAACGACUGUCAUUGGGGCGGGAGGAUUGCCGAAACCUGUCACCAAACAGACUGUCAUACUAACAUACCAGACACAACAGUAUCCAACACAUGAUGGGCGUGUAAAAGCCUUACCUAGGGAGCAAAAUGUACGCGGGACAUCCGCUACCCGAGUGCCGGGGGGCGAGGCGCAGAAACCUCCCGGGAAAUACACAUUCCAGACGAACCAACUACCGCGCCCGCAGUACCCCGCCGUUAAGAACAUCGACCCUAAGGCAGCUAAACAGGUGGUCAAUAAUACUAGGAAGGCAAGUGCGGCAGACGGAUGGAGGGAAGGUGUGUCCGUAGGUGCGGGGUCCGCGGUGUCGAGUGACUCCGGCGUGUGGACGGGUGGUGAGGGUGGCGAGGGCGGGGAAGGUGGUGCGGGUGAGACGGGUGGCUCGCCCCUAGCGCGCCGCCGCCCCAGGAACCUGGAGAUGGUGAUGCGCGGAACUCACACAUUCCAUCUCAGAGAGCUGCAAGUCGCUGACCUUGAUAUCAUGGACGAAGCGGUAGUGACCGGUCACGCGGUGAUCCCGCUCCCGAAGCUGCCGAGUUCAUUCGAAGGUGAACUAUCUCCGGAGUACGAGACUCCAGCGCCGACGUAUACGCCGCCGUCGCCGAUAACCAAGCCAGUGAUGGCGGAACCAGUGCGACAGAACUCUCCCAUGUCCACCCUGGAACGUUACAGAACACGCACCAGGCCGGCGAGGAUUCAAACCGAUUAUAAAGAUGAAGAGAAAUUCGUUAUGGAUAGAGCACAACCCGAAAAGUUUGAUAAGCAGAAAUCGUUUACGACCUCAAGCGGUGUGGUGUCACCGACUACAGUGGGCUCCAGCAAGGAGUCGAGUCCGUCCUGCAAGAGCGAGGAGAGCCACUUCGGUACCGCUGCCUGGCAGGCGCACGCUGCCGGCGAGGCCAUGGCUACCAGAUCUCAAGACGACGUAUCACUGGCGCUGAGCGUGUCCAGUUGUGAAGAUGAGAAGUCAAAGCUGGACGCUAAGGAGAACCAGAAGGUGGAGCAGGAAGUGCCCACCAAGACAAUAGUGAUCGACGAACCGCCUCAUCCGCUACUCAUGAAGUCCCUGACACUCAGCCAACAUGACUCCCUGCGCGGGACUAUGAUGGGUUCAAUGACAAGCUCCAACUACAGUACAACUAGUACAUGCACAAACCAAAGCAACGACCAUCAUACGCUGACCCUGACACUCGAGGAGUCCAAGUUCGAUAUGUCAGCACUGGAAACUUCCACUCAAAGUCUUCUGGACGACGAGACCUCGCCAGCUGACAGUCUCAUCUCGUCUACGAGCACCAGUGACAGCAACAAUGACUUGCAAGUCGAUAGAGACGCUCCUUCCAUCUCCAGUGCCUAUCAGACCGCUAAUACCAAGACCAAGUCGCCGGAUCCCAUCGUGGAAGAGGCGGACGGUGUCGACGGAGAAGUCUUGUCACCGGUGAAGGAAGUCAUCGAGACGGGCAGUCGAGCGGGAAGCGAGACGGGCAGCAUGGCGGGCAGCGGGUCGGGCAGUAAGCAGGCGACGCCGCCGUCGCCGGGCACGCCCACGCACGCCUCUGGCUCGCUCUCGUUGUCCGACGGACGCGACUUCUUCGACGACGAAAUCGCCGACCAACCCGCAUUGCUCUUCAGGAAAAAUACGGAUGGGAGUCCUUCAAUGAAGCGGGCAGAUUCUGAUGCCAGUAAAUUGCGGAGGUCAAAAGAACGCAUAACUUCAAGUCCUCUAGCACAAAGAAGCAGGAAACUGGGCGGCAGUCGCAAUGGCGGGGAGCGUACGCCAUCUCUGGACACGUUGUCGAGCCUCGCCUCCGACGACCUCAUGAUGGAGAACGAUCUUGCUAACUCCAUCACUAGUCUGCAGAGUGUUGACGAUUAUAUUGAAAGGUUGGACAGUUCACUGCGCAGUGGUCUGAACUCACUGGACGAGGUGCAGUUGAAGCAGGAGCUGUCAUCGUCGAAGGCGAUGGUGCGGCAGUGGAGCCAGCUGCUGGAGAAGAACACCAUCCUGGACCGGCAGCUGGCCGCCAUGGCGCAAGGCACCGCUGACUCCCUCACGGCCAGCAACAACAGCCUCACCAGCGCCGGAGCGAGUCUGCCAGUGCGUACAGCGCGACUAUUGCAGCGGUCGCGAACGGCCACACCGGCGGAGAGCGAGGGCAGCGCCUCGCCCGCCCCGGCGCCCUCGUCCCUGCUGCAAGAUGUCGUCGACAUCAAGACCUUACUGCUGCAGCUCAAACGAGUCCUACAGGAGCCCGGGGAGGAGCCUCAUUCGAUGAGUAGCGAAACUCUCGACCCGUUGCUGGCGGCGUGCGCGGAGAGCCCCGCGCGCGGCAACGGGCGCCGCCCCCCCGCGGCCGCGCUGCCGCCAGACGCCGCAGCCGAGAUGCGCCGACAGAUCCUCUAUCUGCAGAGUCAGUUGGAGGAGCGCGACCGGCUGGUGCGCGUCCUGCAGCAGCAGAUGCUGCGCAUGGCGGAGAGCCACGAGCCCCGCAGCGACGACACCGUCAACGUCGCCACGCAGACUGAUCGGUUGCGGCCGCCGAUGAGUACGGCGCUAACGAGUUCUGAAAAUUCCGGAUUAGUGAGUUGGAAUGAACAAUCGAGCGCACGGAAGCUGCCGUCGUACAGUGAAGCACAAAAGACUAAGAGACCUGUAACCAACGGGACAGUGAAAUGUCAGUGCGGUGCGAGGAAAGUGAACGGAGUGACCGAGGAGGACGGACACACAGACAGACAGACAGCAGUGCUAAUCAAAACUAAUAGUCGUGUCGGCAGUAAAUACCUUCAAGCGCUCGCUAAAAGCUCCGACAGCAAGAGGUAUACGAAGCGGGACUCCUCCUUAGGCGACAAAAACGACAGAAAGACUCUUUACACCUCAAGAUCUAGGUCCAUCGAGAACUUCAGUCGACAAUCCGUCGAGCCCUUUAAAUCUACCAUAACCGACGAAUCGACCCUCAAACAUCACACGUCGUACGGCGAUCUUUAUAACGGAAGGAUAAGCAGCAAGGAAAGUGUCAAUGGAAACAGACACAGUCCCAGUCUGAAUGGACAAUCGACAGACACCGAUUACAGUUCAGACGGCGGCUACAAGUCACUACCUUCCUCAAUAAACUACGGUCAGUCGCCUAAGAAAGUGAGCGGUAUACCUCGCAGGUCCCUCGACCACAAGUUUCUAACAAAUAAACAGGUUAAAGCGAGUGCUGUCUGAUAUUCUGUGACUGCGUAUUAUCAAUUCGAUCUCAAUGUUGCUAUUUAGUUUCACAUUUUCAAUUUCGUGUUAAAUUCACUGACCUCUUUAGAUAUGGAGAAGUUGCUGCAUGGAAAUGAAAGCUUUUGCUUCGUUAAAAACGUCUGUAAAUGUUAAUGACAGAAUUCCAUCUAUAAUAAGUGCCAAUCCUUAAUCCUCUGCCAAUCACUACCGUCAGGUUUAAAAUGGCGAAAAUCAAAUAGAAACAAAAUACCACAGCUUAUAGCCUGUCCAUGUAUAGAGG